UCUCCAAUGCCUGUAUACAAAUCAACGCGAGAUACUCGAAACUCUCCCCUGUGGAACCCCACCUCCAAGGAGCUUUUGAAUGUGGAAGACGACGAAGCUGGAAGGUUAGCUGGAUUCCGAGCACGGUUCGGCACGGGAUUCGAUACCGUAAAAGAAGCAAAGAAGGAAGCCGAGACGGAGGGUGAUAAUACCUUAAAUAUAUUAGCUUCCGUAACCGUAACCGUAGAUAAGGCGAAGACCGCCAAGGAACCGGCCUUUAAGGUUAAGCAGAAUAUAUUCGAAGAGGACGAUAUAAACCUAUUAGAUUCAAUUAGCUCUUUU